GUUCAACAAAAGUUUUGAUUGUCUAAUUAAUGUUUGAACAAUUUGAACGACAUACAACAUUUUUAAAUUGUAUAGCUAUUUUUAUAUUUUGAAACUUACAUUUUACAUUUUAAUCAAUUACCAUUUUUAUAUAUUUACUAUUAACUAAGUUAUAGACCUAACAUUGAUUAUUAUUGUUAAGAUCUAUAAUUGUAAGUACUAUCUUCUCUCUACUUGUACAUUAGUACGUUACAACUAUCUAUUUAUUUACUAUUAUAUAUUAAGUACCAGUUAGUAGGUAUGUUUAUUUUUUAAUUAUUACAAGUUUAAAAGGAUUAAAUAUGGAGAACACUAUUACCGUCAAUGAUGUGGAUACAGAUUUUUUACCAUUAAUUCAUGAUAUUAUAAAAAGCGGUGAAAGAGAAAAUCAUGAACCUCAGAAAUCAGCCCAAGAAAUAUCACAAAAAAUACAAGAUUUACAAAAAAAAAUUGAUCAAGCGCGAAGUGAUAUUCGUAAAUUACCUGGAGUCCAAUACAAUAGUGAGCAGCAGUUAAAAGCUAUGGAUGAUCUCCGUCAAUCUUUACAAAUGAAAAGACAACUAUUAUUAAAAUAUAGACAUAUGUAUUCAUUUGAUGUACCAAAGUAUUAAGAUCGAAUUUAACAAUACUUUGAAUAUUUUGUUCGUGUAAUUCGUCUUUUUUUUUUAAAAUAAAUAAUUGAACACACUUUUA